AUGCCAUACAGAAUGUUUGACCUGACGCCAUACAGAAUGUUUGACCUGACGCCAUACAGAAUGUUUGACCUGACGCCAUACAGAAUGUUUGACCUGACGCCAUACAGAAUGUUUGACCUGACGCCAUACAGAAUGUUUGACCUGACGCCAUACAGAAUGUUUGACCUGACGCCAUACAGAAUGUUUGACCUGACGCCAUACAGUAUGUUUGACCUGACGCCAUACAGUAUGUUUGACCUGACGCCAUACAGAAUGUUUGACCUGACGCCAUACAGUAUGUUUGACCUGACGCCAUACAGAAUGUUUGACCUGACGCCAUACAGUAUGUUUGACCUGAUACCAUACAGAAUGUUUGACCUGAUGCCAUACAGAAUGUUUGACCUGAUGCCGUACAGAAUGUUUGACCUGAUGCCGUACAGAAUGUUUGACCUGAUGCCGUACAGAAUGUUUGACGUGAUGCCGUACAGAAUGUUUGACGUGAUGCCGUACAGAAUGUUUGACGUGAUGCCAUACAGAAUGUUUGACGUGAUGCCAUACAGAAUGUUUGACGUGAUGCCAUACAGAAUGUUUGACGUGAUGCCAUACAGAAUGUUUGACGUGAUGCCAUACAGAAUGUUUGACGUGAUGCCAUACAGAAUGUUUGACGUGAUGCCAUACAGAAUGUUUGACGUGAUGCCAUACAGAAUGUUUGACGUGAUGCCAUACAGAAUGUUUGACGUGAUGCCAUACAGAAUGUUUGACCUGAUGCCAUACAGAAUGUUUGACCUGAUGCCGUACAGAAUGUUUGACCUGAUGCCGUACAGAAUGUUUGACGUGAUGCCGUACAGAAUGUUUGACGUGAUGCCGUACAGAAUGUUUGACGUGAUGCCGUACAGAAUGUUUGACCUGAUGCCGUACAGAAUGUUUGACGUGAUGCCGUACAGAAUGUUUGACCUGAUGCCAUACAGAAUGUUUGACCUGAUGCCAUACAGAAUGUUUGACCUGAUGCCAUACAGAAUGUUUGACCUGAUGCCAUACAGAAUGUUUGACGUGAUGCCAUACAGAAUGUUUGACGUGAUGCCAUACAGAAUGUUUGACGUGAUGCCAUACAGAAUGUUUGACGUGAUGCCAUACAGAAUGUUUGCUUCCCAAUACGUACAUUUACUUCCAAAGUUUCCUCUCUGAUAGCUGAAGAAUAAACAUUACUCGCUGACAAACUAAA